CGCCCGCCGAGCCAUGUCGUUGAGCCCCAAGCACACGACGCCCUUCUCCGUGUCCGACAUCCUAAGCCCCAUCGAGGAGAGCUACAAGAAGUUCGGCGGCGCCAUGGACGGCGCGCCGCCCAACCUGGGCUCCCCCCUGGGGGCGGCGGCCGCGGCCGCAGCGGCUUACCGGCAGCAGCCCGCUGGCUCUUCGUCGCAGGCGGCGGCGGCCGCGGCGGCCGCGGCUGCGGCCGCGGCCGGAAUGCAGCCACCUCCCCACGCCAUGGCGGGCCAUAACGCGGCAGCGGCAGCGGCUGCGGCCGCGGCCGCGGCCGCGGCGGCCGCCACCUACCACAUGCCUCCCGGAGUCUCCCAGUUCCCCCACGGAGCCAUGAGCGGUUACUGCAACGGGGGGAUCGGCAACAUGGGAGACAUCCCCGCCUAUCCGGACGGCAUGAGGGGCAGUGCUGCGGCCGCUGCCGCCACCGGCUGGUACGGGGCCAACCCGGACCCCCGCUACUCCACAAUCUCCAGGUUCAUGGGGCCGUCCACCGGCAUGAACAUGACGGGCAUGGGGACGCUGACGGGGAUCGCCGAGGCAGCCAAGUCCAUGACCCCGCUCCAUGCGGCUCCAAGAAGGAAAAGGCGAGUGCUCUUCUCGCAGGCGCAAGUCUACGAGCUCGAGAGAAGGUUCAAACAGCAGAAGUACCUGUCAGCCCCCGAGCGGGAGCACCUGGCCAGCAUGAUUCACCUCACGCCGACCCAAGUGAAGAUCUGGUUCCAAAACCACCGUUACAAAAUGAAAAGGCAGGCGAAGGACAAAGUCACGCAACAGCUGCAGCAGGAGAACAGCUUGUGCCAGCAGCAGUCACCGCGGCGAGUGGCGGUGCCCGUGCUGGUGAAGGACGGGAAGCCGUGCCAGAACACUUCCAACACCCCGACGCCCAGCCAGCCUGGGCCGCAGCCGCCGCAGCCCAGCGGGGCCAAUGGCGUGCUUCCCUCGACCAACAGCGCUGUCCAUCAGCACCAGAACCCACAAGUUAACUCCUUAACCCAGGCGCCCGAACUGGAAGAGAUGUCUCCCAGUCCUCCUUCUCUUCACAACCAAGUCACCAACCUGGCCCAGAUGGACACGACCACUGUCGAUUACAACAGUGGCAUGGUCAACCCGAACCUGCUCUAUGGCAGGACAUGGUAAUAGGGUGGAUUUGCCUUGGGUUGUGUUUCUACAAGGUUCAUCAACAGUAUUCACCUGUUGAUCUGCUUGCUUGCCCACCCUUUGUUGGAGUGUGUUCCUACUUCUUUCC